AUGCUGAAGAGACAGUGUAUAGCCUUUGCUUUCAUAAUCAAUUGCAUAUUAGUUCUGGGCUCACCCGGUGAUAGACUUCCCAAGUUCAAAGAAUGUGUGAAGAGAUGUGAUAUUCUAACGUGCGGGAAUUCCCAAGGAUUCAACAAUCCCUCUAAGCAAGAGCUAAGGAGUUGGAAGAAAGAACAGCUGAAAGAAGGAUUGUUUCAAGAACUACCCCUGGACUGGUCUUUGCAACUACUAGGGUGGGAAUGUUUUCCAAAUUGUGAUUAUCAAUGCCAGAGAUUGGUUACAGAGGAUCGAAGAGCCAAAGGAGAAAAAGUACUACAGUUUCAUGGAAAAUGGCCCUUUGUUCGGGUAUUUGGAAUCCAAGAGUUCUUCAGUACAGUAUUUAGUAUCGCCAAUUUUGUCCCCAACUACAGAGGCUAUAGAAUGUUGAGGAGAAAUUAUAGAUAUGAACAGGUGAAGGGGAAUACCGAAAUUGUCAAUUUAUUGUGGGGUUAUUUGAUCAUAUCAUUGGUAUCACUGGGAGCUUGGACUUUUUCUGCUAUUUUUCAUUUGAGAGAUACGUGGACCAGAGAGAAACUGGACUAUUAUUUUGCCGGGGCCACUGUCUUGAGUGGAUUUUAUGGGAUAUUUUGUCGAGUCUUCCGAUUGCACCAAAUCAAGGCUAACACCAAACGUCGUUUAUUUGCCAUUUUUUUGAUUUGUUGUUACAUUGGUCAUAUCACAAGGCUUACAUUAAACUGGUCUUAUACAUACAAUAUGCAAGCGAAUGUGCUGUGUGGGUUUCUACAGAAUAUAGGGUGGACCUACCAAUCACUUAACACGUUUGUGUAUCAGAGCGAAACAAAGAGGGGAAGUGCAAGUAAGAAACACAUAGUAAAAAGGAUAGCAGACGCAUUGCGCAGAGAUUUCGCCAAUCCUGAGGUUAAUUGGACUCUCCUCCCGAUUGUGUUGGUAACUUCUGUAUGUUUUGGGAUGUCAUUUGAACUGCUCGACUUUGCUCCUCUGGGCGACUUGUUAGAUGCUCAUGCCAUUUGGCAUUUUGUUACCAUAUGGCCAGCGUACUACUGGUAUCCGUACAUGAUAAAAGAUAUUAACUACAACAUAAAGCAGUCCAAACUCAAAUAG